AUAUCCAUUCAAAAACUAGCGGAAAGGAAAGGAAAAACCGACAAAGAAGUCGACGGCACUCGGAGUAACAUGCAGACUACAUGCCAUCAUGACUCAGUUUUGAUUCAAAUCAACCAUUCCUUCCUGCCCAUACUGUACUAUGUCCGAUGGUUUGCAGAAAAUCCAGCUAGGCUUCGUCGGCCUGUCAGAGGAGGGAUGGCCUGCGGAUGCCCUAGCACCGCCUCUGUUCGCCCCUCCUUUAUCUUCGAAGUACACUCUUGUCGCCGUGUCGACUACCAAUUCUCAGUCUGCCCAGGCGAGCGCGGCCAAGUACUCACAAAUCAGAAAUUUGUCCGAGCAUACAAAGAAUAUCGUUGUAAAACCCUAUCACGGUUCUGCGGAACACAUUGCUCUUGACAAGGAUGUAGGCAUGGUUGCAGUCGCAAUCAAGCCGAUCUACCAAAAGGACGCGGCGAUGGAGGUGAUCAAGGCUGGGAAAGAUCUCUUCAUCGAAUGGCCUGUUGGGAAGAAUCUAGAUGAAACGAAGCAAAUUUUCGAUGCUGCUAGGGAUAGAGGGAUUAAGACGAUCGUAGGAUGUCAAAUGAGAUUCGCUGGAUUCGCACUCAAAGUGAAAUCAAUGAUGUCCACAGGUGAGAUUGGGAAAAUACACUCUUCAAACUUUACCAUAUCCUUCAAUCGUGGAUGGGGCGCAACUGUUCUCGAUCUAUACAAACACCGGACUAGUGCCAAAAACAGUGCCACCUUACUCGACUCAGCAGGCGGGCAUGUAUUCGACCUCCUCUUACACAUCCUUGGACCUAUCACGUCCUUAUCUGCUGUGGUCAUGAACCACAUCCCAACAGUGACAGUUAUAGAUUCGACAACAGGAACGCCUACAGGGGAGACAGUCGUACAGGAAGGACCCACACAAAUCUGCGUUACCGGGAUCCUUCAGACAAGCACCACGAACGUGAAUCAUGGUGGAGUUCAAACUAUACAGACCCCGUUUAUUGUGCAUCUCCAAUCCGGGGUAAAAGAAGCGGAUUUCACUUGGGUAAUCAGUGGCGAAAAUGGAACCGUUCGCGUCCAGGCUGACGCCAAACUGGGUUUCUUUGAUCCUUGCCCUCCGAUGUAUUGGAAUGGAAAUAAGGUAGAAGGUCUACCGAAGGUUGAGCAGAGAAUUACUUCAGCAUGGGAGGCUUUUGCUGACGGAAAGAUCGAUACAUAUGCCAAUGUAGAAGAUGCAUUGAGGACAAAGACUGUGUUGGACGCAGUGAUGCGGAGUGCUGAGGAAGGAAAAAGGAUCGAUUUGCUGUGAUCCUAGAUUCUUCGUGACAUCGAGAAAAGCUCCGGCACCCGUUGGAUAAUCGUCGGUUAAAAUGGUUGCACAUCUAGAGAAAGGUACUGCCUAGUGCCUCGUAAGUAGAUAGCCUACAGUAUCAUA